AUGAGCUCAGCGGCCCCGCCGAGUGUUGCCGGCAGGUUGCAUCAGACGCCGCGCGGGGCCUCCGCCCGCGCCGCGGGCCGCGCGGGGCCUUCCCAGCAAGCCGGCCGCCCAGGGCCGGGCCGGGUCUCCUCGCGCUGGGGCCGCGCCCACGCGAGCGGCCGGCGGCGCCGCGGCCUCCUCCUCCUCCUUCAGCCCGCCCGCGGCCUCCUUACCUGGCGCCUCCAGCCCGCCUGCUCCCAGGAGGCCUCCACUCCAAGCGCCCCGCACGGCGCGGCCCGACCCGACCCAGGCCUCGCAGCCCGCGAGUCAGCCAGGAGCGACGGUUACGAAACCGGCUGCCUCCGCCCGUUCCGCCGCCGCAGCCGCCACCACCACCGGCUUCCCCUCCUCGCCGGGUCCGCGCGCGCGGCCGCUGCCGUCAUGACCAAUGGGAGCGCCGCCUUGCGGGGGGCACGCCUUCCCCCCCGCGACGGGCAGGGCCACCAGCCAAUUGCGGGAGGUCUAGGCGCGGGAGGCGGGCACGUGGCGAAGGCGUAUCCCACGGCUCCUCGGGGCGGGCGGGAGAGGCUGCCCGGGGUUACCCGGGCGAGCUCGCGGGGCGGCUCUCGGAGGGGUGGGCUGCCGGCAGCGGGGAAGGUUCGGUGGAAGUUGGAGAACCGUAGCCUCGAAAAGGGAGCACCUGUCUCUGGAAAGCACAAUUUCCUGAGGUGA